AGACAGAGUAAGAAAAGGGACAUUUUGUAUAAAGAGAGAGAGAGAGAGAGAGAGAGAGAGAGAGAGAGAGAGAGAGAGAGAGAGAGAGAGGAGGAUACAUACCUAUACAAGUGUGCAGUGUUGAAACACAGGCCUGCCCGUUCAUACCCAAUAACUAUCACUUACGUCAGGAUAUAUAAUCGGUCGGGUUCCAGGGAAGCCGUUAGUCCAUUUUAACGGCUCAUUUUGUCCGUUUCCGGUUCGGUGUCUUCGGGUUUCUGUUGGAUCUGUAGAGUCUGGCUAGCGAGAACACAGCUAACCGCAGCUAGCCUGCUAAAUCUCCUCUUUUUCGGCCUCCAGAGCCUUUUACACUCACAGAAUGGCAUUAAAACGAAUUCACAAGGAGCUGACUGAUCUGGGCAGAGACCCCCCAGCACAGUGCUCAGCAGGGCCAGUUGGAGAUGACUUGUUUCAUUGGCAAGCGACAAUUAUGGGACCUAAUGACAGUCCAUAUCAAGGGGGUGUGUUUUUCUUGACCAUUCAUUUUCCUACAGACUACCCUUUCAAACCACCUAAGGUUGCAUUCACCACAAGAAUAUAUCACCCGAAUAUUAACAGUAACGGCAGCAUCUGUUUGGAUAUUCUAAGGUCGCAGUGGUCCCCUGCUUUAACUAUCUCUAAAGUUCUAUUAUCCAUCUGCUCACUGUUAUGUGAUCCAAACCCAGAUGAUCCAUUAGUGCCAGAGAUAGCACGUAUCUAUAAAACAGACAAUGAAAAAUGGACGCUUCAGACAGAGGGGCUGGGGGCCGUACUCUCGCAGGUGGUGGAGGGGUAGGAGCGCCCGUGCUGUACAUUAGCCGCAAGCUCUCGCAGAGGGAGACUACGUACAGCACCGUAGAAAAGGAGUGUCUCGCCAUCAAGUGGGCGGUCCUCGUUCUCCGGUACUACCUGUGGGGGUGGGCCUUCACCCGCUGCUCCGAUCACGCCCCACUCCAAUGGCUCCACUGCAUGAAUAUACCAAUGCGUGGAUCGCCCGUUGGUAUCUGACUCCUCCGCUGUUUAAGUUCAAGAUGGUCCACAGACCGGGAGCUCAGAUGGCUGUCACCGACUUCCUUUCCAGAAAUGGGGGGGGGGGUAGACAGGCCGGAUGUCUCCCUUGGCUGAGUUGGACAGUGGGGAUAUGUGGCAGCGGGGGCGUGGUCAAGCAUCCGGAGAGAGAAAGCGGUACAACAGAAUAGCUCGGGAAUGGACUCAAAAGUAUGCCAUGUGAUACCAGAGGAAAAUCUGACCAGUCUGAAGUAUAGCUGAAAAAAUAAAUACAUUUAUAUAUAUUUUUUUUUUGGUCCCUUUACCCUAACUGAAUUGACAAUUUCCCAUGUGUUCAGACCAUAUCGGUUCUGCUUGGUUAUUUUGCCCCCUUUCAAUAUUCACUCACAUGCUGUAAAAAAGACACUCAAAGAUCCACAACUUUUUUUCAGAAACAAGCUCAUGUCAAAGAAGCAUGUUUUAACUAUGAGCUCAGACAUUUUUUUUAUUGUUAUAAAAAAUUAUUCCUAAGGUGAAACCAUCGGCCGCUUUUAACUCACGCCACUGGCUAGAGGUGCUAUUUAAGAAAAUAAAAACCAAUGGCUCUGCAGGUGCCAGCUUACCUCAAAGUCUGUUGCUGGGUUGGCCUUCAUGUUUUUUAUAUGCUUUUACAAUAGCAAUGAGAACUAUGGUCUGUAAAAUAUAUUCUUGCUUAUAAUUGACUGGUUCUUACUAAAUCAGUCACGUCAUUGUAUCAGCAGUUACAAAAAUAAAGAUUUUGCAUGUUAAUGGAAGAAUUAAAGUAAUUGGUCUGUGGUCUGCUGAAAAUGAAUAUCUGCAGACGAUGUUAAGCGAAUACAUGUCCACUUUUAGAAUUCUGACAACUUAAUUUGUUACUCCUAUUCUCUCCUCCUUUUGAUGUUUUAGAAAGGUGAGCUAUUAGUUCGUCUAUCCUCCUAAACACUGUUCUACGUUGCACUGAAUAUAUGUGAUUGAAAGCUCUUGGUGGAUGACCGAUCAACUAAUAGCUCUACUAGCUGUUGAUUUUGUUUGCUCAAUAAAGUUGCU